UGGGGGAGUUGGUAGAGAGGGCCCAUAUGGGUGCGGCUCCGCUAACUUUAUGGCCCCUGGUAGGGUGUAAAGUCCUCAUGUCAGAGCCAGGGACCUGAGAUAUAGGAAGCACAACGGACAGAUAGGGACAAUAGCUAACAUCCACCCCACACAUCUAUACCUUCAGUCUUCUGUGCAUACUUUGGUAGAUUUUCAAAGGUUGUUUUUGGGGUUCUUUUAAGGCCAUACCCUGUCUGUAGUGUAGUGUAGUUUUUAGCGUCAUUACAUUUUUAGGGGGACUUUUACCUAUUUGGCCCUGUAGUUCUGUAUUUUCUGUGUAUUUUGGGAAUCCAUUCCAUCUCGUGUGGUUGUGAAAGGUUUCAACCAUGUCGACCGCUGUGGAGGCAACCGGAUUCUUCAUGUGUAUCGCCAGCUGGCUGAUCACUGGUGCGGCUCUCGCCAACGACUACUGGAAGGUGUCCUCCGUCUCUGGCAGCGUCAUCAUCUCCCACAGACAGUAUGAGAACCUGUGGCACGCCUGUGCUGAAGACAGCUCUGGAAUCGCUGAGUGCCGCGACUUCGAGUCCCUGCUCGGCCUGCCCGGUAAGAACCAGUAGUCUAACUGUUCUAACCGUCACCACCAACUCAGACACUCCAACCAGGGAGAAAACACUUUGAAACGGAGUGUAAUGGGGCGGUACAACCUGAAUUGGUCAAAUGACACUACUUCUCGUUUUCUAUUGCAAAAGGUUUUUAAAUGUUUUUCUUUUGGUGUGCUUUACUGAACAAGACCCAGGAUUGCCAGUCUUAGAGUGACUGUCAUCGUUGGUGGGGAAAGGUCAGGGCACACCUGCGCCUAUAUCUGAUAUGGUUAAAUGAAGAUAAUGUAACUAUGAAUAAUAAUUAUGUCCAAUUACUUUCUACCAUCGCAAGAAGAUAAAUAUAUCUUUGCAUUAUUUUCUGUGAGCUUUCAUGAAAAAGGCUAAUAUGAACAUCCUUUGGGUGCAAUUCGGACCCACUGCUUUCCUGCCUAAAUGUAACUUCAAAUGUAGGGGUUCUUACUUAUUAAAAUAAUGUUAACUCUUCAUGAAAGUUUCAGAUAAGGUGCAGUCAUAGUAGUACAGUACCCCUGGAACAAAUUAUGGUUAACUGCCUUACUCAAAGGCACAUUGACAGAUUUUCCACCUUGUCGGCUCGGGUAUUCGUACCAGCGACUUUUCAAUGAAUAGCCCAACGCUCUAACCACUAGGCCACGUUUGAACUCUCUUCUAGAAUUGAAUCUCUAUUUUUCUUGUACCUUUCUCUCCUCCCAAAGGCCAGUGAUGUGUGUCAUAAUGGUGGGCGGCCAUUUUGUGUUCCUAUGACAAGGAAAUGGAGGGAAGCUACUACACCUUGGCCAGUGUUAAACUAGCAGUUCUAAAUAUAGGCAUACAUUCAUCUGGGUUAUUAGGUCUUUGGCUUUGAUAGCAGUUAUCUGCAAUCUAAAGGGUGAUUUGUAGAUGUAUACAGUAUAUUGUUGAAUUGCAAAAAUAUCAACAACCUAAUAACAACCUUAUGAGUAACUGCUGAAAAUCGGUGAGAUUAAAUUCAGGUUAGAAAUGUGAUGGUCUGGGAUUUUUUAAAUGUUAUUACAAUACCACUAUGGACAUAUCUUGGGAUGUUUUGUUAAGUUUCACCUUUAGCAUAAGUAUGCUAUUUUUUCAUGUUCAGAAUACAGUUCCUUGACAUUUAUAAAGGACAUGUUCUCUGCAUUGUGUCUAUUUCUUUGGAUAUUUGAUAGUACUCCUUUGAAAAUGUAUACCGUUGUCUUAGUCUAGUCCACCAACAAACCAGUAAUUGUGUGUGUAUAUGUAUACAGUUUCUCUCCAACUUGAUGUUGUGUAGCUGAUGUGUAGCUGUGUUUUAAUAUGCAACUCUUCCCCUCAUCUCUCUCUUCCCUUCCUUCCCCUCCCCUCAGGCCAUGUACAGGCGAGCCGUGCCCUGAUGAUCGUCGCUCUGCUCUUAGGGUUGGUGUCUAUGAUCGUGUCUCUGCUGGGGCUAAAGUGCAUUAAGAUUGGCAAUGCCACGGAGCAGGCAAAGGCCAAGAUUGCUGUCACUGGUGGAGGCCUCUUCAUCCUUGCUGGUGAGUUCAGAUUUACUACCUAUGGUUGCAAAGUUUCAGAAACUUUCCCAAGGUUCCUGUUUUUCUGAAAAACCCAUUAAGUUUGGAAAAGUUAACAGAAUUCUAUAUCCCUAACUGUUCUGAUAUACGGUAGCCUUUCAUGGUGAUAGCGUCAGAGUAUAUAUCUUUCUUGUUUUGUCAUUGAGUUCCUUUUUCACAUCUUUAUUUUGUUCACCGUGGUUCACUUCUCUCUCAUCUUGCUAUCAUACCCUUUUUUUCCUUCCCCACCCCCUUUACACCUUUACCUCUUGUUUCUUCAUUCUGUUUCGUUAACAGAUUCCUUAGCGUUCCCUGUUCUCUCUUCCAUUUUCCUUUUUCUGUCUACCUUAUUCUUUCUUUCCUUUCCUUCCCUAACCUCACAUCUCGUCUGCUUUUCAUCUCCCUCAUAUAAAGUGUAUUUCUCUUCUGCAGGUCUCUGCGAGAUGAUCUGCUGUUCUUGGUACGCCAGCCGAGUUGUGCAGGACUUCAACAACCCAUACUUUGGUGGGGUGAAGUAAGUAGAAAGUCCAAGCGAAGCAACUUUUUCAGCAACCACAGAACUGUAUUCAUCAUUACAAACCCAAACUUCAAUUCACACACAUAGAAUGUUUGCCACACCCUUUGAUGCACAUAAUAAUACAUGGCUUCAUACUGUAUAAAUGCACCCAUAAAAUGAGGCCAUUGUUUUGUUCCUUACGGAUUUUUGUUGUGUGUAGGUUUGAGUUGGGCACUGGUCUCUUCCUGGGCUGGGGCGCAGCCUGUCUGUCCAUGCUGGGAGGAUCUCUUCUCUGCUGUGCCUGCAAGAGGGCAAAAAGUGAAAAGCCUAAAGCGUACGUCUUUUAUUCAACUUCCUUCGCCUCUCAUCAGUACCUUCACAUACCCUGUUGUUCAGUGUUCUUAAACUCCACUCCUUGAUUACGCCCCAUGUUACAAAAAAAAAUUCUAGCCCCACUCAAGCAUACCUCAUUCAACUCAAAUGUGGGGUACAUGAGGACUGGAGUUGAGAAACACUACUGUAACCUACCUCACUGUCACAUGUUAUUUUUUGUCUUCUACUUCUGUGUCUCACUUGUUUCAUGUGUUUUGUCUGCCUCCCUUGUUUUUCCUUAAGAGUCACUUUGAAUGUUGUUUAUUCUAUUUGUUGUUUUGUCUCAUUUACAUUUUGUGCCUGCCACCUUUUGCUUUUUCACCUGUUGUUUAGUUUGCCUGUCCCUCUCUGACCUUCUGUUCUCUUUGAUGUUAUCCAGAGGGUACUACGCAACAAGUCAGCCUAAGACAAUCUACGCACCUGCCGCCAAGUCUGAUCCGGACUCCGCCAAAGCCUACGUCUAAGACGUCCCUCCCCCACCACCCCCCUACCUCCCCACCUCCCACUUUUCAACCACCCCACCACCAUUGUUGACGCUCACAUUUAAGAGCACAUAUUUUACUGUUGUUACCCUUUUUUUGUUUUUCUCUUUCACCAUGAAUUUUGCUACUUGUUUUGAAGGAUUUUGAGGUUGAUACAAAAACCUGGAAUAAUUUGGAGUUAUGAAUUAUUGGUAAUGGAAUUUGUUUGUGUGGAAUUGCUAUCCUCUCAAUAAACAUUCAUUUGAUAUA